CGUCGAUUAAACCUAAGUUCAACGAAAUCGGUGAGGAGGCCACUAUUCUUCAGAUUUAUCAAAAUGAAUGUGGAUAACGAAAAUACAUUGACUAGAAGAGGGUGUUAUAAACGAUAUUUACAAGACGGUGAUCUUUUAUCAAUACCUGAGUCAACAAUCCGUUCCCGUAGACAACGAGAACAGGUGCUAUUACAACAGGAACAAGAAAUGGAUGUCGACGAUAUUUCUGUGAUAUCGGGACAACCAUCUGUGAGUUCCAAUGACAACCAACAGCCCACUGCUGCUGAAGACAUGUCGGAAGAUAGUGAUCAAAAUAUCGAUGGUCCAAUAUCACCUGGCAAUCCAGAAAAUAAUGAUACAGAUGCAAGUAUGGAUGACAUCUCUGUAGUUAAUAGAGCUGACUCUGAUACUGCAUCAAUAUCAGAUAGUUCAAACAGUUCAGCUGGAAACGAAAGACGAAGCGUGUCUGAUGUUGUAGCUAAUGAUGACGCAUCGGAUUUGGAAAAUGUGUUUCAAGACUAUGAAGAAUUCUUAGAGCCUGCAGGGUAUGCAAAUUUUGUUCCACCAGAGGACAAUAAUCAGGAACGAGUCCCAUUAUAUGAAGGAUCGAAUAUAUCCAAGACAGAAAGUGAACUCCUCAUAUUAAACUUUGCUAUACGGCACAGUCUGGCCGAUGUUGCUCUUGAAGACCUCAUCACUUUGAUAAACUGUCACUUACCAUACUCAGUAUACCAUACGAAGCACAUAUUUAUGAAGAAGUAUGAUACUCCAGCGUCAAUCUGUAAAUGCUAUUAUUGUUCAGAGUGUUAUGUAAAAUUGAAAACGCUUGCUGCAGAUGAUAGAACAAAAGAAAACCUUGUUUGUCGAGAGUGCCAAUGUAGAUAUAACAAACAUGCAUUGGAAAAAAGCGGUAAUUAUUUCCUAUAUUUGCCUUUAAAGCAGCAAUUGCGCGACUUUGUAAACAGCAACAAAUACUCUAUGCUUCAAAAAGAAAACAAUAAUUGCUCUGAUAUAACUUCUGGAAAGUUUUAUACAUCUUUAAAAAAUACUGGGAUAAUUCAAUUACAUGAUAUCACGCUGCAGAUCAAUACUGACGGCGUUCAAGUGUUUCGUUCAUCGUUUGUAUCUAUGUGGCCUAUACAGGUAAUGAUAAAUGAAUUGCCGUAUAGAGAAAGGAGAAAAAAUAUGAUGUUAUGUGGUCUGUGGUAUGGUAAAGAAAAACCUGACAUGAAUUUAUUUUUAUCUUUACUCGUUGAGGAAUUGACUUUUAUGCAUAAAGUAGGUAUUACGCGUAACGUGGCAGGCGAAGAAGAAAUUCGUAUCAGAGUACAUACAAUCGCGUGUCCUGUAGAUUCUGUCGCGCGGCCUUUAUUACAAAACAUAAAACAGUAUAACGGGAGCUUUGGCUGCAGCUUUUGCUUGCAUGAAGGUAUACACGUUGAAGUCGGUAGAGGAAUGACAAGAGUAUAUCCCGGUUGCGUAAAAGAACCGCGCACAUUGCGUCAACAUGAAGUAGAUUGUGAAAUUGCUAUGCAAACUCGAACUACACCUCACGGUGUGAAAGGGCCAUCGGUUUUAAUGUUGCUACCGGUUUUUGACAUUACGUCUUCGUUUACACUUGAUUAUCUGCAUAAUGGUUUAUUGGGAGUGGCAAAAACUUUUGCGGAUGCUUGGUUUCAUUCGUCAAAUCACGAAAAAGACUGGUAUAUAGGAAACAAAGUAGAUCUUAUUGAUAAGAAACUUCUGCAAAUAAAACCACCGUGUGAGAUUACUCGUACGCCCAGAUCUAUCAGUGAAAGAAAUCUAUGGAAGGCAUCAGAAUGGAAGCACUUCUUGCUCUACUACUCUCUUAUUUGUUUACAAAAUGUAAUGCCCUUACAAUAUGUGAAACAUUGGUUCCUUUUUGUCUUUAGUAUGCACAUAUUUCUACAAGAAAAAAUUAGUGACGUAGAUGUUUUGACAGCUACAAGAGCAUUGGAAAUGUUCGUGCUUAAAAUAGAAGACUUAUAUGGCUUAGAAUAUUACAAGUUUAAUGUACAUUUGUUGUUACAUAUCCCGGAGUUUGUUAAACAGUUCGGGGCUUUGUGGGCUACAUCUACUUUUCCCUAUGAACACUAUAAUGGAGUACUAAGGAAAAUGUUUCGGAAUUCGCAAGCCGUUCCGGAACAGAUAUGCAAAUUAUAUAUGAGAUCAAAGCGCGUUGAAAGUUUAUGCUUAGAGGUAUUUUCGAGACCCGAUUGUUUCAAAAAUGCUAAAAUUUUAUAUGAUAAAAUAAGUGGAACAUAUCAUACGAAAAAUUAUCUAGAGUACGGGCCUUAUUUGAAAAUAUUUGGAAAACCAGUUCAAAGGACGUUAACGUUAAUGGAGCAGACUUGUAUAGAAACUCUUUUACAUGAAAGUAUUCUAAACGAGAGUGUCUGUUACAAGCGUUUUAUUUUUCGAAACGUGUUGUGGCAUGCCGAGAACUAUGAAAAAUUUCAAAAGCGACAAAAUAGUACAGUAUUACUGCACAAUGGUAUGUUUAUAAUAAUAUCCGGGAUUUUUGGUGUCCGUACUGUGCCAAACAAUUAUGUACGAUACGUUAUUAUUGGAAAGAUUCUUAACCGUGUUGACGUUGAAAUUUGUAAAACGAACAAUCCAACACUUUCAUCGAAUCGUUUUUUUCACAUUACUCGCAUGACUGAUUCUGUCGUCGCUGUCUUUCCUGACAUGUUAAAUUCCAAAUGUGUAAAGAUUCCAUACGAUAUUGAUAAGUAUUGCAUUGUCCGCCUCGUAAAUAAUAUUGAACGUGAUUAAUAUAUAUCAAUAUUGUGUAACUGAUGCAACUAUUUAGUGAAAUAAAUAGAUAAUAUAUAAGUUUAUUUUUA